CCUCAGUCGUCCGAACACCAGCUCAGCAGCACCGACUCCUCCGACCGGCUGCCCACCCGGUUGCCCGCGUACGGACUUCACGCACACGCCCGCUGUGCCGCGCGUCGUCGUCGUCUUCCGUUCGCAUAUUCUUCGUAUCUAUUUUUAUGUUUCCAUUGCUCUCUUCUCCGACAUCGAUACACCACACAACGCAUCAUAAUAUAUUUAUGUUUGAUACAUAAUUUCCAUUGAGAAUAUUAUUGUAUACCUGUCGCAGGUACCGCACCAUACAUACAUACAAGUAUACUGCAACCCACCUAAUAGGUAUUUCCUUAUUCGUUUCGGUUUCAUUUCUUUUCCCUCGUCGCCCGAAUAAGUUUUGAAUGAAGAACGUACGUCAAGACAGUGUAUCUCAUUACCAGAGAUUUCUCGAAGUUACAGGGAUGACCCGUAUACCCGCACAACUGUACAUAAUAAUCAAAUAAGACGAAGAAACGGAAACAUUUUCUCGACUUUAAGACAUGCGAAGGAGUCAUCCAAAUAUCUUACCAAAGACGGCUAAUUCUAGUGAUCUAAGCUUAUAACAGUUGCCGGUCCCGAUCGUCGUUUCCUAUUUCGAUGGGUUGAGACGAACACUCACGAGUUUCCAGAGCCUGAAAAACUAUCUAUAAUAGUUGGUUCAAAGGCCGAAGGAGACAUAUAUUGGAGAUUUUUUUGAAGACGGAAAAUUGACUUAAUCUUGUCAAAUCGCAAGGUUUGAACUUAAGCCAAAUUUUGAAAAAAAUAAAAUUUGGCAACCGAAUAUAAUUUUAUUACCCGAAGAAAUAGACUUUUCUUUCUACCAUAGAUACAGAAAUGUUGAAAGUAGUAGGAGCAUCAUGGGCUCAGACACAACUAUCAUGGUGUUUGAUUAUUGCAAUCACUUUGUUGGGUUUAUUAGCAUUUUAUUUCGGAGGAACGAUCAGAAAUGAGUAUGAUGGUAAAUAUGCUGCAACAGCGUUUUGGAGCAAAGAAUUUGGAAUGAGAAUUGAUUUCUGUGGCCAAAAUAACGAUCCGCUUAAAGUAAGAAAAGGAGUAGCAAGAGCUUAUUAUAGACCAGAUUUAUCUGAAAACGGAUGGGCAGUUUUAGAAAUUGAGACUCAGGCGGAGUAUCCGGAUUACGUACAAGCCAAAGCUGCUGGGUAUUUGGAAGGAAGUUUGACGUGGCGGAUGAUUUAUUGGCACUGGAAGAAUACAGUGGAAAACACGUGUAUCGGGAGAAAGGCCUUCUGUGAUAGGCUUAGAAAGUAUUUAGAAGAAAAUGCUGACGAAAUCAAACAGACGGCAAAACGACGAGGCGAAUCAGACCCAUUUUGGCACCAAGUAAAUAUGUUUUACACGCAAUUGAAAGCAUUGGAGGAUGGUUGGAGAUUUGGCGUAAAAAGAAGCAGACAAGAUAUUGAUAUACCAUCUGUAGAUUUCUUAUGGAUGAACAUUAUGCCGGAUUUAAAAAAUUUCGAACAAAAGUUUAACGCAUCAAAAGAUUUUAAUCCAGAUAAGCCACCGUUAUCUGCUACAUUAGUAAAAAUUAUCGGCACUAACCCAAUUGACUUUGUAUUAGCUCAAUCUGCUUCUGGAUAUUAUGUGUCAAUGUUGCGCAUCCAGAAACGGUACAACUUUGGUUUCCAUGAAACGGAAAGUGACGAUAGUGCACUCGUUAAUGGAAAGAUAAUCGAGUUCACGUCAUACCCUGGAUCAGUUUAUUCUCAAGACGACUUCUAUAAGGUCACCAAGAAAGGUUCUAGGACAGAAACUACUGUUGUCGGGACAGAAUUACAAAAUAAUAACAGACAACUAUGGGAAAAGAUUAUGAAAAAAGAUCAAGUCUUAUUGGGUGCUAGAAUCAUGGCAGCCAAUCGUUUAGCGAGUAACAGUAAAAAAUGGUACGAGGUGUUUUCGAGAAACAAUAGCGGCACUGGAAACAAACAAUGGCUGAUCAUCAGCACAAAUAGCACAUCAAUUGCUUUUGGAGUCGUUGAACAAAUGCCCGGCAUUGUUAGCUACGAAGAACUAUCUAAAAAACUUUUGUCCACCGGUUAUUGGAUCAGCAAUAGUAGUCCAAGUCUCAAGGAAACGGUUUACAUGUCGGGCGCGGACGGACGGGACGCCGAUCACCCGGUGGCGAACAUACUGCGCAACGGACAGCGGAACGUCACCGACAUCGGGACGCUGGUAGACCUGAUGCGGGGCACCGAGAUGUCGCUGAUCGGCCGGACCGACCUGCUGGGCGUCAAGACCAACGCCAUGUUCCGACGGUUCGCCAACCAGUCGUUUGUGGAACAGCUGACCGCGGCCAACCGGCUCCAGUCGGUCGACGCCACGGCACCGCUGAAAGACGACCGGACCACGAUCGUCACGAACCGGCUACCGUCGUCCGCCGUGUCCGACGACAAGUCUGACGCGGACAAGUGCUUCACGGGAACAGUGGACCUGAAGGUCACGUCGGCGUACACGAACGGCUACUUCGCGGCCUCCGGGCCGCCGUUCACCGUGGACCGCGCCGAGGUCGAACCGUUCCGGUGGUCCGAGAGCCCGAUCAGGCACUUGCCGCAUUACGGGCACCCGGACGUCUGGGACUACGACGUGGAGGGCGUCGGUUGGGUUUGGAUCUGAUGACUGCGCUGACGUCUUGCGCACACCUAUACUGUACACGCGUAUCGCAAUACUAUAUGUAUUACUCGUAUAUGAAUAUAUGGUUAUACAAUAUUAUACAUCAUAUGCUAUUUGUGCGUUCAGUGCGCACCACGAUAUUUUUUGCUAUAUGUGUACGGUGUAUAUAAAACAUCGGGCACGACCUUAGACACGAAGAUAAUGUUAUUAUUUACACUAGGCGUAUACCGUAAUGUACCUACAGACAGAUAUCGCAGUGUGCAGACGACUCACCAGUUUAUAUUAUUAUUAUGCGUAUCACCCGUCAAAAAAAAAUGCAUUAUACCUACACAAACUUGAAACUCGCAUCCUCUCGUUUUGUCCGGAAAGUCCUAUACUCUCCAGUGCCCAACUGUAUACCCACUAUGUAUAUUAAAAUAUGUGAUAUCUAUACCUACUAUAUACUAUAUAUAUAGACGAUAAUAAUAUAAUAAUAUAUACACACUAUAGAACAGAAUAUUAAUGAUAAUAUAUAUGGUUAUUACGUGUGAAAUAAAAUUAUCAUCACUCGUACUUAUAUACCUAUUAUAUACAUUGUGUACCAAAUAUAGUGUGGCGGCGAAAUAACAACUUAUUCGCCGUUGUAGUAUUUUAUCAUUAUUGCACGAUUUUAUUUGAUAUACCGUACCUAUAUAUAUAUAUAUUAUAAACUCGUCUUCCAAAAUCA